AUGGCAGAUAAACAACGAGGCCGUGGUAGUACGCAGAACCGUGGCGGACGCGGACGAGGUGGGACUGGCGGCGCUCGCGGCGCUGUUCCUUUAGGUUUACCUCCCGACCCCGAACCACCGGCCAGGCGCAUCGAGCAAUCCGAUUUUCCCGCUCUUGGGGCCCCACAGGCUGCCCCGCGGCCUACACCCAGCGCACCACGAGGGGCUGCAUGGGGGCGCACUGAGACGGUUGUGGCAGCCGCUGCAACCAGCGCUCAGUUGCCUGUGACAAGCGGUGUGCCAAAAAGCUCGGAACCGUCGACCAGCCGUGCUUCGGCCAGCCAUACAGUUUCUCUGGAGAAGAGUGUGUCUGCACUGACUGUCGGCGAUGGCGCGAAACCUGUCUCCGCGCGUGGCCAAGGGGAUGCUGGCUCAUCCAAACCUUCGUCGAGUAAAUCUACAUCAGCCAGUGCAAAAUCAGCGGAAAAGAAACCAGCGGGCGAUGCGAGUGCGCUGGAAGAACGGGAUCCUGUGACACGUCCUGGCGAUGCUAAAAUCGGUUUCGGAACCCGCGGAUUUCCUAUUGCUCUGAAGGCCAAUCACUAUGUCCUCGCGGUGUGGCACACGUGA